AUGGCGCAUGACCAAGGGGAAGCCUGUAUAUACGUCAAGCAAUCGGUUCUUCGCGAGCUCGAGCAAGAGCGGUGCAGACUCAAGUGGCAGCUUUCUCGUGCCCUGCAGACGUCCGACACUUGCGCAGCUGAACUGGAAGCGAGCAAAGCUAAAGUGAAGGAUCUGUUAACGAUCGUGGAACUGAAUAAGGGUGUAGCAGGCCUACCGGUAGCGGUGCAGCGCUCUCAUGAUCGAGACGUCAAGCGAAGAGCAGAACUCGACUCCUUGCAUUACACGAAUCAACAGCAGUGUCAACGAUACGUGGAUUUGGCCUUGCGCUCGAUGAAUCGAAGAGUGCGCUUCAGACAGCAACGCGUCGUCUUCCAGUCGCUCCAGCAAGUAGUGCAGCUUCGAACUCGACGCCGAGGUGCACUGCUGAGACUGCACACACGGAUUCGAUUGAGAAUUCUACGACAGAGCCUGUGGCAACUUUUACGAAAGAUGUGGAGAAAUUGGGAACGCGCUGUCCGCUGGAAGCGAAGGCAACGAGAUCUCUUGAUACUCCCGUCACAGCGUUUGGUGCGCUCAGUGUUUGUAACCUGGGCAUCACGGAUAGGGUUGCUUCGACAAGGACGCAUUUCCUUGCGUCGACUCCUCGUGCGGCACAACCGGCGGCUUCUACAGCUUGGGCUGACACGUUUCCGACUGCGAUGCGCCGAGACUUCAGCUCACGAAUGGGCUGAAGUCCUCAAAACAGCACACAACGCGACGGAGGAGGAACGGAAGCUCCGAGCUGAUGUCCAAUCUUCCGCUGCUUGUGAGCUACAUACCGUUUACGUUCGGGAGCAGCAGAGACAACAACAAUUGUCGGAACUGCAGGCACAGCGACGAGAAGCCUUGGCACAACGCGAGUGUAAAUAUCGAGCGUGGAUGAUACUGCGAUGUUACGUGAUCCAGUUGAGAAAGAAGACUGCGAUCGCUGUGCAGUUCCAGAAACUUCAGCAUCAUCAGCGAGUGAUGCGAAGGUUCCUCACGUCGUGGAAGAACGAAGCACGUCGCUCAAAACGCAUCAAGACGUUAUUAUCAACGCGGGACGAGCGUCGAAAUUACUCCACCAAGGCAUCUUGCUUCAAACUGCUCGUUUGGACGCUUCGUCGCAGUCGACAACAGCGAUUCCGACUCCGUGCGUUGAUGUUCAAGCUGCAAAGGCUCUGGUUGAUGAGAGGAUGGCUCGGUCUGCGCAUCCGGUCAGCCGUUCAAGAGUGCAAGGCGGCAGCUCAUGUGGAAAUGUGGCAGUUCUCUCAGCAGGUGGAGGCAACACAGGCUUCUUAUCUCGGGGAUGUUCGACGCAGCCGAAGAUCUGCACUGAAAUUUCAAGUCACCUGCGCUCUCGUCAUGGCCGAUAAGAAUCAAGAAAAGUUACUGCGACGGGUGCUUCGUAGCUGGUCUACACAUACAGCAACCCACGCUCGUCGUCGACGCGCUUUGAAGAGAUUGAUGUGUCGUACGCGAGGUCAAGCACUUCGAUCUGCUCUUGGGAAGUGGGUCCUCUUAGACCAGUACGCAAGUACGAGAUCCAGUCAACUGGACCAAUUUCGACAAACACGACGCCACCGGGUAGUCGUCCUUGGGUUCAUCAUGUGGAAACGCUUCACACACCAGAAGCUUCUAUCGAAGCUGGCGACUUAUCGACUGCGGUCUUGCUCCCGGGUUUGGUGUCACUGGCAUUACCUUCGACAACAGCGGGCGCGAUGCCUCGGACGAUUCUUAAAGCGAACGAGGGGGAGGUGGCAACGACAAGCCUUUCAGUCCUGGAAGAUCAAGAACGACCAGCAGGUGGAGGUGCGUGCCAACAGAUAUGCCGCUGAACACGAGCUGGUGUCGCGACUGUGGCGUCGGUGGAUUGGGUACGUCGCCUUCCGUCUACAAAACCAACGUCGCCAGCAGCAGAAAGUGCUAGCGCGAGCUAGAAAUUCUCUACAACGAACAAUUUUGUCCACAGUUUUCGUGUCCUGGAGCACUAGCUGGAGACGUGACCAGUCACAAGAGAAGCUGAUUGUUCGAGCAUUCCGACGAAACGUCGGACAGAUUCGCGCGAGAAGAUGCUUACAAGCCUGGCUUCAGUAUUCGAAGCUGAUGGCUCGCAGACGCGCAGCGGUAAGACGACUUUACCACCGACACUGCAUUCGGAGCCUUGGAAUCAAGUGGCGCCACUGGAUACGAGCGUCCAUGUCUGCGACGAUCACAAGGCUUGAAGCGGUAACGAUCAGAACUCAGGAACAGGUCCACAAAGUGGUCCGGUCAACGGGAAGAGCCAGCAUCCUGCGGCGUAUAAUACGGAAGUGGAGACUCGUCAGUGUCGAGGCCACACGACAGCAACGUCGUCGAGAUCUUUUCACGGAAAAACGACAAUACAUGGCACUCCAGGGCACCAUGAGGCGAUGGCAAACAAGAAUUACGAGCUGCUCGCUGUCCAAACAGCGUCGAACGCUUCGACUCCUACUAAACCGCCUCCAAUUAUCCCUUGAGCGUCAAGCAUUCAGACUUUGGGAACGUCGAGCUCGUGCGCAUACCCUCUUUGAACGAGAUCGGGUGAGUGCUGAGCUGUUCCGUCGCUCUGAAGUUCGAGUGUUGGUUCUUACAGAGAAGAUACAAACCGAGCGAGAGAGACGAAUCGUGUUCAGUGCAUGGAGGUCCAUCGCAUUCCGAAAGAAAACAAUCUGGAAGUUCUUACACAGCAUCUUGUUGAAGUACCAGCAACGUUUGCUCCAGAUGUCGUGGAGCUGGUGGACAUCUCACACUCGAACGCAACGUGGCGUCACACAUCUAAAUGUAAUGAUCGCCCAGAGACUUAAGGCUGCAGCGUGGCGUAAACUGACGCAGAUGUAUCAUCACCAUGGUCUGAGGGUGACAGGAGCUCGACUGGCAGGAGCUAUCCGGCACAAAACCGUUUUGCGUCACGCGUGGGGUCACUGGAAGCGAAUUGACAACAUUGUGUCCAGUCACGCUGCGCUGGAAGAGGCGAAAGCAUCGUCAACCCAAUCGAUGCUGGCAUUGAAAGAGGUAUUCGCGAGGCGGCAUCACAAGAAGCGGGUUUUGACCGAAUUGUUGGUAGAAGCGACUCCGGUGUAUCAUUUCCACAAGUGGCGAACGAUAAUCGAACGACAGAGCUAUCUCGACUUGCUUUUAUCUCGUGUCGUGAAGCGCCAACGCAUUCGGAAAAUGCGCUCAGCUCUGGGUCAUUGGAGACGGUGGGCACGAGAGAUGGUGCAUCGACAGCAGCUGGAGCAAACAGAGCACGCAUUAUCACAUCAGCGAGAAGUCAGCGCCAAGCGCAUUGCAGUCCAGCGUCGGCGAUACGUCGUCGAACAGAGAGCAGCUCUAUCACAUCGCCGCAUUCGCCGUCUCCGUCAAAGCAUCUGGCGCGCAUGGCGUCAUUUAGUUUGCCAGUCAAGACGGAGAGCUCAAAUUAUCUUGAAGAUCUCGAACAGUACGCGGGUUGUGCUUCUGGCACACGGUUUCAAUCAAUUGGAUCGAUGGUGUGACUGGAGACAUGACGUCGACCACACAGCGAUCCGACUAGUGAGAAUCCACGAAUUGUGGCAGUCGCGACGAGGGUUCUCAGCUCUCCGUCAGCACCAGCAUGAAGCCAUUCGACGCCAAUCCGUCAUGGCAGCGUCGGCGUUCUCCACUCACAACACUCGACAGCGAGAGCGCCAGAUCCAAAGGAUGCGUGCGGUAUCGCUCGUCUUGCAGCGAAAGACGAACUCUGCUCUUUACGAUCGAUUCUUCAGUCGCUGGGUCAUGUACGCAAAGAUACAAUCACACACUAAGUAUGAUCAAGCUGGCUCCGUCACUUUAAGACAGAAGCUCCACAGAUGUCAGCAAAACUGGCAGCUUCGACGCCAAAAACGGGUCUGGAACGCGUGGGUCAACUUCACGCAGCACUCACGAGGCGUGAAACACGCGGUCUACGACAAAUUAAUCAUCUGCGCACUUCGACACUCGCUUCAAGAUGCCUGGGGACGGUGGAAGGCGUAUACUCGACACGCAAACGACUUGAUGGACGCUCAUCGUACAAACACGAACGCUUGUUGCUGA